AUGCAGUACAUCAGAAAGGACUCCUCCAGAAAGAGAUUACCUCCCAUUUCCAUUCUUAUCGGUAAGCCUAGACUAACCACCGUCUUGGUCAUCGGCGCCGUCGCCGUCACUUUCCUCAUUCUCUACCUGACAAGAUCAUCCUCCAACGCCUCCUUAUUGUGCUAUGACUCUUCCGACAUGCCCUUCACCAAAGCCGACGCCCUCAUUGCGGCGGAGUUUGAGAAAACUCCGAGCCCCCUCGUCGCCAUCCUCCACUACGUUACCUCUCCUGUGACUCCCCAGCUAUCUCUGGCUGAGGCCCGAGGCCCUUUCGACAUCCUCCUCUCCCUUGCUCCCUGCAACUUCCUCAUCUUCGGCUCCGGUCAUGACUCUCUCAUGUGGGACUCAUUCAACCCUCAUGGCACCACUCUCUUCCUCGAGGAAGACCCCAAGUGGCUCCGGUCUAUUCUCCGCCGAUUCCCGGUCCUCGACGUCCGAAUAAUGCGCUACGGGACUCGCCUCUCCGACGCGGACGCUCUACUCAGCUCCUACAAAGAGGAUUGUUGGGGGGCUAAUGUUACGGUAAGAUUGAAAGGGAACGAAGGGUGUAAGUUGGCUCUGAACAACAUGCCGGAAGAGGUGUAUAGUAAGGAUUGGGACAUUAUAUUGAUCGACGGGCCGAGAGGGUAUGAGGGGUCGUUGCCGGGUAGGAUGGCGGUGAUAUAUUCGGCGGCGGUGAUGGCACGUGGGAGGAAGAACCCGGGGGUGACGCACGUGUUUGUUCAUGACAUGGAUAGGAAGGUGGAGAGAACAUACGCCAAAGAGUUUCUGUGUUUGAAAUAUAAAGUUAGUGAGGUUAGGAGGCUUUGGCAUUUCGUCAUCCCUCCUGCCAUUAACUUCGACGAUCAUGGCUUUUGCUAA